UGUUAAACCCUUCGCCUCUCAGGCAAGACCCUUGUCGGAAUCUUCGCUUAAACCCUAGAAAUUCACCGAAAUGUUCUCAACGAUUCUCCGGAAACAAUCUGACUCCGUCUCGGAUCUUCUAUGGACCCGAAUCAUUGCCCGAAACAUGGGCGGCGGUCCGAGAACCUUCCCGGGCGGGAUCAACAAGUGGCAAUGGAAGCGUCUUCACGAGAAGAAAGCUAGAGAGAAGGAGAAAAAGCUGCUUGAGCAUGAGAAACAGCUAUACGAGGCUAGGAUUCGGUCCGAGAUUCGGGCAAAGCUCUGGGGGAAACCCGAAUCCGGUGAAUCUACUGCCAAUUCGGGUCAGAGUUACGGACCCAUUAGUCCAAAAGAGCAUAUCAAGGGCUUGGCUGAUCGGUUCAUGAAGCCUGGAGCGGAGGACUUGUGGAACGAGGACGAUGGUCCGGUGAAAUCCGAUGAAGGGUCGAGAUUUUCUCCGCGGGUCAAUGGGCGAUCAAGUCCAAAUGAUUCUUCGCCUGGUGACGUGAGAAAACUGUUUUAUGAGAACCGUGCUUCGGUAGAUAAUCUCCGAACUGCGAAUUUUGGUAGUGUUAAUGGUAGUAGUUUGAUCAAGAGUAGGAAUUUUUCUGCGAUGAGUAGAGGUAAAUUUAGGAGAAAUGAGAGUUCUUGUGAUGAAGAUGACUCUAAUGUUGAAUCAAAGGUGAACACGGUAAGCCCUUUUUCUCGUAAAUUCGCCGGUAACAAGGAGAAAGUGAAUUCGAGGAACAUUAGUGAACUCGUAAGGAACAAGGGUUUGUCUGGUCGGAGAAGGUUCUUUAAGAAUGAUAGUUCAACUAGUGAGGAGGACUCGGAUUUUGAUCCCAACGACGAGGAGGGGGAGCAAAAGAUGAAAGGGUGGAGGGAUGUGAGAAAGACAGGAAGCAGUGCAUCUUUGGGAAACUAUGAUGUGAAACUGACAAAAAGAGUGCAUCUACGAGGCUCCGAGGAAGACUUUGAUCCUCCAAUGGACAUUGAAUGUAUCAGAGAGGAUCUUAGGAAGAGAAAGUCUGUGGAAAAUCAAAUCGGGCAACAAGAACCAGAAUCAAUUUACAGUGAGAAGAGAUUCAGUGAAUGCAGUAUAUCUCCUUUGACGCUAAAGGCAAUUUCGGCAUCUGGAAUUGUUAAGAUGACCAGAGUACAGGAUGCCACUCUAUCUGAGUGCCUUGACGGCAAAGAUGUUUUGGUCAAAGCCAAAACCGGCACAGGAAAAAGCAUGGCCUUUUUGCUUCCUGCAAUUGAAACAGCUCUGAAGGCUAUGAAUUGUGAUAGUGUUCAGAGGGUUCCUCCGGUUUAUGUUCUUGUCCUCUGUCCCACGAGAGAACUUGCUAGCCAGCUCGCCGCAGAAGCUAAGGCUUUGCUCAAGUACCAUGAUGGAAUCGGAGUUCAGAUGCUAGUUGGAGGUACCCGCUUCAAACUUGAUCAGCAGCGUCUAGAAUCUGAACCCUGCCAGAUUCUAAUUGCAACACCUGGCAGACUGUUGGAUCACAUAGAGAAUAAGUCUGGCCUCACCGUGCGUUUGAUGGCACUGAAAAUGUUUAUACUAGAUGAGGCUGAUCUCUUGCUAGACCUAGGAUUCCGGAGAGAUGUGGAAAAAAUUGUGGACUGUUUGCCUCGACAGAGGCAAUCUCUUCUCUUUUCUGCAACCAUUCCAAAAGAGGUCCGUCGUGUAUCUCAGCUUGUUCUGAAGAGGGAUCACUCUUACAUCGACACAGUUGGCGUUGGUUGUGUAGAGACACAUGAGAAGGUUAAGCAAUCUUGUCUCGUUGCAUCACACGAGUUGCAUUUCCAUGUGGUACACCAGUUGCUGAAAGAGCAUAUUGCUAAAACACCCGAUUACAAGAUCAUAGUGUUCUGUUCUACCGGAAUGGUUACAUCAUUGAUGUACAUGCUGCUCCGGGAAAUGAAAAUGAACGUUAGAGAGAUCCACGCGAGGAAAACACAGCUCUUCAGAACUCGUGUUUCCGAUGAGUUCAAGGAUGCAAAAAGGCUGAUCCUUGUCACAUCUGAUGUAUCUGCUCGUGGAAUGAAUUAUCCCAAUGUUACUUUGGUUGUCCAGGUCGGAAUACCAACUGAUCGGGAACAAUAUAUCCAUCGACUUGGAAGAACUGGAAGAGAAGGCAAAGAAGGAGAAGGUGUGUUGUUGAUUGCGCCAUGGGAAAGAUACUUUCUUGAUGAAUUGAAAGAUUUGCCUCUCGAGCGACUUCCUGUUCCAGAUCUUGAAUCAGAAGUUAAACUUCAGGUCGAUGAUUCAAUGGCCAAGAUUGAUACCAGCGUGAAAGAAGCGGCAUACCAUGCUUGGCUCGGUUAUUACAACUCCAUUCGCGAAACCGGUCGAGACAAGACCACAUUGGCCGAGUUAGCUAACCAAUUUUGUCGGUCCAUCGGUUUACAAAAACCGCCUGCAUUGUUCCGGAGAACCGCUGUGAAAAUGGGUCUCAAGGGUGUACCCGGUAUUCCCAUCCGCAAGUAAACCGGCUUCUUUAGUAAACCGAACUGGUUUUGUUUUGGUUUAAUUUAACACCCAUGUUUGUGAUGCAACGUAUAUCAACAUUGAUUUUGAAGAUGGGUCCAUGUGUAAUAAACAAUUUGGAUUAUAUUUAAUGUUAUUUAAUUGAUGGUCAAAUUAAUGUUUCA